AUGCUAAGUGUGGAGUAUGAGUCAAUUCUCGUCGAUUUCGAAGAAGCCGAGAGAUCCAACCCUAGCCCUCGCAAAAUCAUUGGAGAUCGGGUGAUAUAUGCCUCCCACGAUCUGGGGACCCCAAAGGUACAUGGCCGACCCAUCUUGUCGGACUUCGGGGAAGCUCGCUUUAUCUCGAGCCUAGGAAAACAGUGGGAAGAUGUCCAACCUUUAGUCUAUCGGGCUCCGGAGGUUGUAUUGCGAAUGCCAUGGAGUGAAAAAAUUGACAUUUGGAAUUUAGGGGUCCUUGCCUGGGAUCUUUUUGAGAGAAAGCAUCUCUUUUACGCCCGCGAUCCAAACAGGAACGUCUCGGACAGCCACCAUCUCGCUGGGGUUAUAGCAUUCAUGGGCGCGCCACCUAAGGAAAUGCUUCAUAAUAGCGAAUAUGCGAUGAAAUUCUUUGAUCCUGACGGCAACUGGAUAGACACUGCCGAAAUUCCCUCUAUGUCUCUGGAGAAGCUGGAAGAAAAUCUGGAGAAUACACAACAAAAUUUGUUUCCCUGCUUCAUGCGGGAGAUGCUCCAAUGGCAACCAGAAGAUCGAGCAUCUGCGAAAGAAUUACUGGCGGAUCCUUAG